CCCACGAUUCCCGGAUUUUUUAAAAUUCCAUGCUACGUCAACAAUAUAGAGAUAGGACCAUUAGGGGGAUCCUGGUGGGCGAUCCAGCAUACACAUGCACGUCAUUUCUUCUUACGCCAAUCAGGAAUGUCCAUACUGAAGCGGAAAGACGUUAUAACGUUGCCCAACGUAGGACAAGGUCGGUGAUCGAAAGGGCAUUUGGAAUAUGGAAACGACGCUUUCCGUGUGUUGCAUUUGGCAAUCGACUUCGAUGUUCGCUACAGCACAACAUGGCUAUUGUGGUAGCUACAGUCUGCCUCCAUAACCUUGCCAGGGAGCGUAAUGAUCCGCUGCCUGGAGACGAUGGUUCAGCUGAUGAAGAUGGACAACCUCAACAUGUAGCCAAUGAAGAGGUUGACGUGAGAGGAGAUGUAUUCAGGCAACGAUACAUAAGACAAAAUUUCAUUGUCUGAUUGGGAACUGUGCCUAGGUAUUUGGCCAUCAAAGGAAUCGCUUGACUGGUUUAUCGGCAAUGGAUCUUGAUGAGAACUGUGGGAUUCACUGAAAGAAGAUUUGUAGUCAUAAUAUAUUAUAAUUUCUGUAUAAUUAAGAGUUGGUGAUGUAUUUCCAUUUUAACAACCAGUGCUAUUUUACUAGUUUAGUAUUGACAAUGUUUAAUACAUGUGUAUAAUUUGUGAAAUAAUUAC